CUUUAAAAGUCCUAACCCGUCUUCUUAUUUGCCGAGCUAGUCAGGUCCUUCAUCGAACCUGCAUGUCAAAGUCGUCGAAACCCGACUCCUGCAGCAUCAGUUACCCGUCUCGCAGGACAACCUAACCUGGCACAGACGCGGAGGCUAGCUCCUCCCGACCUUUGACGACCAUGGCGCGGACAACUCUUUUCGUUGCCGUUGCGGCUCUGCUGCAAGGCAUGACGUCGGCGCAAACCCCUUCGUCUACCGGAGGCGCACCUAGGCCCGACCCGACGGCCAUCUCGCUGUGUUCGGUUAGAUCGUCUACGCAGUAUUGCUCUGCGGGCACAACCGAGUAUCGUGUUGUUGCUACUCCUACAGGCAGCCUACCAAGUGUUUACACUGCCUGCCACAAGCACGGGAACGAUUUGUACUGCCAGUACACUGGCGGCGGCGAGGUUCAGGUUGCUCCCGCGAAUGCGGCUGCUGCUCCCACUCCUACUCCAGCUCCUUCAGGAACUUCCGGGGGUGCCUCUCCAACAGGGAACCCCACGGCUGUGUCAGACUGCCAUAUGCAUGGUUCCGAUGUGUUCUGUAUGUGGGGUACGACCGAGUACCAAGUCAUGACAAACAUCCCGGCUACAGCAACUCAAGAUAUCCCACCGACGUUUACCGGCUGCCACGCUCACGGCUCGGACACCUUUUGCCUCGGACCCGGCGGUGCCGAUGUCGAGGUUCGUGCCCAGGGUGCCGAGGCCGGCGGCGGCGGUCACGCCGGAGAAGGCGAUGCGGGCGGUUCAAACCGCCACUGCCACUUCCACGCUGGAGUCGAGCACUGUACGGGCGGCAGCGAAGAAAUUUCUUGUGAAAAGGUCACCAGAGACUACAACAUCCCACUCCGGGUUGGACUGCUGUUCGUCAUCAUGGCGACGAGCGCCAUCGGCGUCUUCUCUCCGAUCCUGCUGCACAAGGUGUGGCCGUCCAAGACGCACACGGCGCUGUUGAUUCUCAAGCAGUUUGGUACCGGUGUCAUCCUGUCGACGGCUUUUGUCCACCUUUACACCCACGCCCAGCUGAUGUUUGGAAACAAGUGCCUGGGUGAGCUUGGGUACGAGGCAACGACUUCUGCCAUUGUGAUGGCUGGCAUCUUCCUCUCGUUCCUGGUUGAAUACAUUGGCAAGCGCAUAGUCCUUGCUCGUAUGGCCAGGUCUCCGGGUGCCGUGUCGAGACUUUCUCCCGAGACCGUCAGCGUCUUUGUGCUCGAGACGGGAAUCAUCUUCCAUUCGAUCUUGAUUGGUAUCACUUUGGUCGUUGCCGGUGACUCGUUCUUCCUGACCCUAUUCGUCGUCAUCCUUUUCCACCAAAUGUUCGAAGGCAUCGCCCUCGGCUCCCGAAUUGCCGCUCUGGGCGCGCCGUCACCGCAUGCCGCGGCAGCUGCCGCCGCGCCGGCGACCGACGGCCCACAAAAGACGGACCCCAACGCCAAGGACGGAAACUCUCUGUCCGACAUUGACGCACCCCGCACGACCGUCGCGGCCGCCACGGAACCGGCGAGACAACAGGCGUACUUCUCGCUGCCGAGGAAGCUGCUGCUCGCAUCGCCGUUUGCGCUGAUCACGCCCAUCGGCAUGGCGAUCGGGAUCGGCGUCCUUCAGCACUUCAACGGGAACAACCGAAGCACGCUGCUGGCCAUCGGCACGCUCGACGCCCUCUCGGCUGGUAUCCUGGUCUGGGUCGGCCUGGUGGAGAUGUGGGCCGAGGACUGGAUGGUGGAGGGCGCCGAGAUGCUCUCGACGGGCAUCUUUACGACGGUGCUGGCCGGGUUCGGCUUGGUGUCUGGCGUUGUUAUCAUGAGCGUGCUGGGCAAGUGGGCUUGAUGUGGAGCAAGGCCUCAGCUCCGAGUUGCUGCUCUGUACAUAAUGACAUGUGAAUGGAUUGUCUUUUGCUCCCUGUCCACCCUGGCCAGGGGUAGGUGACGUUUGUUCGGGUCCAGGUCAUUCUUGCAAGGAGAGGUUGACAGGGCCGGUAAAUACUCGGGGUUCUUUUUACUUUUAUGACUGACGACUUUUUACUUUUUUUUCUUUUUUUUUCUUGUCAAGAAAAAACUGACUUGAUAGAGACCGAGAUAGACACUCCAGAAUAAUGACCAAGCUUCACACCUCACCCUCCCGCUUCUUGGUACUACUUACUUGGUAC